GAGAGAGAGAGCCGAAGAAAAGAGCGAUAAUGAUUAUUGCUGUUUACCACACAAACACGCAUGCAGCCUGUGCAGUUUGUGCGCCAAGGACACGCGAGGCAUAGCCAGCAACUCAGCGAGUCAUGCGUGCUGCUCGCGUGACAAGGGGUGGCUGGCACCGCGCGAGGGUGCCUCCGCCACCGGCCAUUCAGCCCCGCGGUCUUGAUGCCUGCGCACCAGGACAGGUUGAAUUCUGUCCACACUCAGGUUGCCAAGGGACGCGAGGCCCUGUGCUCGUCGCUGUCUGCCCACUGCUGCUGAGGCCAGGAAGAGGAAUCAGAGACUCUUGGCAGAGUUGGAACAUAAGCAGGCAGUGCUGCACUCGCUAAAGGCUUACUUCCCUGCGCACGAGGUGCUGAAGCGCCUUGUGGCAGACCUAUGAUGUCCUACGGUCCCCCCGUCGACCUCUCCUUCCACCACUGCUCCCUGGACAAGAUCCUGAGCAAGGAGCCGCGCCAGGGUGCACUGCCGGUGGUCAGGUCGGAGUUUGGCGGCCUCAUGAGCGCUUCUCUGCGCCUCAGCAACAACCGCAUCCAAAACCUGAACCUACUGCCGGCGGUGGCGUGCAGGUUCCUCGAGUACCCAGAGGCUCUUGCCUGGCUCGACCUAAGCUGUAACAUGCUGACCGACAACCCUGCUGAACUGCGAUUCUUUCCAGGACUCCGACUCUUGUACCUUCACGGAAACCGGCUGACUGACUUGCAAGGCCUACUGGCAGUACUGAGAGACCUUCCAAACCUCUACGGUCUGACACUCUUUGGCAACCGGCUGCCUGAGAAGUACAGGUCAGCCGUGCUGCGGGCCUUGCCCCACCUCAAGUCCCUGGAUUUUUGCAACGUGAGUUUGGCAGACAGGCAAAGAGCAUUUCACGCUGAAUGGCACUGAACGGCCGCGUUUAUUCAUGUUUUGGUCACAACUAUUCAACAUCUUGUCGCGUCCCUUGCAGGGCAAGGGAGCGCUUUGGAAUAUAAAUGUACAUACAGUUGGGUUGUUUGGAAAGUUACUUGAAAAAACUGUUUUGAGCUGCAGUUUUUUUCAGAGCCACGGCAAGGAAGAUGCCCAGCUCUGGAGAUUUGUAAUCGCAUUUUGCAGCGAAAUGUCUCGUUACAGAAAACUUUUCAAAUCCGCACAUCUAAUAAUAAAAUUAAAACUUGAUAGCAACCACA